AUGCAGUGCAAGUUCGGUCGGGAUAUAAUGGCCUCGUUACCCGUUCCUUCAACUAUCUCGCGAGCUGAAUUCCAGACGAUUCUAUCACGAUACUCUUCAGUCCUCAAAGCUGUUUCAAAUAAUAAACCAAAAGCGAAGAGCAAUGAUUCGCAGACGCUAGAAGAGAUUGAUGACUGGAGAGAUGGACUUUCGGACUCCGCUAGCCAAGCGAAAACUGCGAAGGGUGGUUCCAGAGAACAAAAUCUGAACGCGUCCCAGGUGAAGGAUAUAGUACUUUGGAAAUUAAAACGAGGGAAAUUCCGUCCAACAAUUCUACCACUGGUGAACUCAAACCCGGCCAAGGAGCUCGAGUCAACUGUAAAUGAAGCUCUUAACAUGUCACUUCCCGGCAAGGUUACUUCAGAUGGAACAGACGAUGACGACGACGACGCCCUGGCACAGGUAUCUUCUAUGAUGAAGGUGCUGAUCAAGCUCAAGGGUAUUGGACCAGCUACAGCAACAGCAAUCUUAUCCUCUGUGUUUCCUAAAACUAUCCCAAUGUUUUCAGACGAAGCUUUCCGAUGGAUAAUGAUGGACAAACCGGGUACUUCUACGGGGUGGGACAGAAAUAUUGCAUAUAAUGCAAAAGAGUAUUCAGAGUUUUUCAAAAGGGUCAGAAGACUCUGUCGAAAGUUUGCAUCUGAAGACGAAGUGGUCAAUGCAGGAAGCGUUGAGAAGGUGGGAUGGGUGCUUGGCCAGGAAGCUGCUCUAGGGAUAACCCAUCGAAACAAAGAAACACCAACAAAGCCCUCGAGACGAAAAGAGACCGAGGAAGGGUCUAAGGAGGGUGUUGUCAAACAAGAACCAAAGCAGGACAACAUAUUGUCUUCCAACGGCGAACUGUCAAAGUCUGUUACCGACGGCUUGGAGACGAUCGGUAGUCUGAGUAAGACAAGUGCGAAAAGGAAGCCCAUUUCAGCUGAGAUCUCGCCCCCUCUUCGCCGAAGCAAACGAAACAAGGAAGCAUAA